AGUGUUAGCGCCUGCGUAGUGCGCAGUAUGCCCGUGUUGACGUCGACACGUGUAUCUGGUGCAAUCUAGCAUCUGAGGCGGCGACCCAUUAGAGGAAGGCUGUGAUGUCAGUAAACUAGCGUUUUUAUUACGAAACAAGGCCUUUCUUCUGUUGAAAACGGUGUCUGGCAGUGGUGAAGUAGUGAAUAAAUCUGUGACAGUGACCAUUUUUGCGUUAUAAAGGAAUAACGUUAGCUGCGUCAUAAGGCUUUGUUGUUAUUAUUGGUGUUGUUACAGCUAACGGUAGAUACAUUUAGCAUCACAGCUAACGUUAACCCAUCUCUUUCCUCGGGACUCCCGACUAACUUACAAGACCUUAACAUGCCAAAAGAGGGAGACCACCUCGAGAGUGGAGGAGACGACUCGAAGGAGGAGAGGACACAGGAUGCUUCUGAGGAGACCGUGAGGAAGAGGGUCCGAGCAAAUACUCCGAGCCCACACAGGGGAAACACUCCUCAAGCCAGCCCCUCCAGGUUUGUCUCUGUGGAGGAGUUGAUGGAGACAGCUAAAGGAGUCACCAACAUGGCUUUGGCUCAUGAAAUAAUGGUCAACGAUGCUUUUCAAGUCAAACCUGCAGAGCUUCCUGAAGGGAGUUUGGAACGCAAAGUGAAGGAGAUUGUGCACAAAGCAUUCUGGGAUUGUUUGGAGGCUCAGUUGAAGGAGAAUCCGCCAACGUAUGAACAUUCCAUUAAACUGCUGGCUGAGAUCAAAGAGACACUGCUAUCUUUCUUGCUGCCUGGCCAUGGUCGUCUGCGCUCCCGUAUCGAUGAGGUUCUGGAUCUGCCUCUAAUCCAGCAACAGGCUGAGAAUGGAGCACUUGACAUCAGUCAGCUGUCCCACUUCAUUGUUGGGAUGAUGGGCUCGUUGUGCGCCCCCUGCAGAGAUGAGGACAUCGAUAAGCUGAAGCAGAUCACCGAUAUUGUGCCUCUGCUCAAGGCUAUAUUCUCUGUGCUGGACCUGAUGAAGGUGGACAUGGCUAACUUUGCCCUGACCAGCAUCAGACCUCAUCUGAUGCAACAAUCGGUUGAGUUUGAGAGGAGCAAGUUCCAAGAGUUUCUGGAGAAACACCCCAAUGCCUUAGACUACACUGAGAAGUGGCUUGAGGACACAGUGAGAUGCCUGAGAGAGGCCGCGGCGGAUGGAUCUAGUGCUGCCACAUCUGACCCUCCCUUACUCCUCCCCGUUAAUGUCCAUAAUCAUGCCUAUCUACGCCUGCUGAGGUGGGACCACACCUCAGACCCCUUCCCAGAGACAGUGUUGAUGGAUCAAGUUCGGUUUCAGGAGAUGCAUCAUGAGGCUGAGCAAUUAGUCCUGCUCUCCUCUGUGCUCCUCAUCAUCUACACUACAACAGGGGAGGCUAUCUCAGGCCUGCCAGGGCUGAUGGAGACUCUUAAAAGCACUGUUAAUGUCCUGCUUGCAGAUAUGCACACACCGUCUUUUAGUGAACAGGAGGCAUUAGCGACCAUAGGAGAGAAAUUGUGUGUUGAGCUGAGUCAGUGUCUAAGCCAACAUGGCUACUCUCCAUUGUCAGCCGACCGAAAGAGCACUCUGAGGGGACAAAUCUCUGCUACCAUCCAGCCAGACAACACAAUCCGCAAACUGAUGGAGUCUCGGGUUCAGAACUAUCUCCUGGCUUCGCUGGAGUCCAGUCAACAUAAGACCCCUCCUCCUCUCCCAGGAGGUCUGGCUCCAGUGAGCAGGGAGCUGAAGGAGCUUGCUGUUCGCUUCAGUCGCCUCAUCAACUUCAACAAGCUGGUCUUCUCCCCUUUCUACCAAAAGAUUCUUCAUAAAAUACUGACCAUAGAGGAAAGUCCCAGCACAGAAACGUAAACACUGAAAUUAAGUAAGAGUGAUGUGGAGAGUGGUCUGUAGUUUUGCAAUUUCCCCUCACUAGUAACGGUUAAGAUUUAGAGCAACGAGUUGAGGAAGCUGAUCUGUAUUCAGCGGGCAAAACCAAUUCCCAAGAGCAUGCACCUUUAAACCAACAUAAUCAGAAAACGCUGGCUACCAAAUCAGUUGCAUUAAAUCACAGUGUUGCUUGUAAGGCUGGGACGACAUGCUUUUGUCAAGAUUCAAUUCUGUCAUGAUUAGGGCUGUUGGAACAAAUUCCGAAAGUCGAAUAUAAUUCGAAUAGUAAAAAAAUCAAUACUAUUCGAAUGCUGAAAUUACUAUUCGAAUGUGAUUUUUUAUUUUAUUUUUUUUAUAUAUAAAUCGGUUGGCUAACGUUAGCUAAUCUCCCUCUUCUCAUGUCACGUCUAAUGAACAAUAAGUUACGGGAGUGAGAAACACAAGGCAUUGUGAGCUAACGUUACGUACCGAGUAACGUUUGUACAGGGGGGAUUGACAGGCUGCGGCUGGAAAUCGGAAGAUGGGUGGGAAAUAGUUUAAACUUGACUUUAAAAUCGACAUCUAUCAAGCCAAAAUGCUUACGUUAUCAAUAAUUAGCUCGUUCUGGUUUCCUAACUGCGUCGCAAGUUAUAGGAGCUUAGCUGGGAGGUUCAUGGACACAGCUAAAGUUAUUGUUAGCUUCCCUACAGCUGUCAGAGUUAGCUUUGACUUAUAUUACGUUCUAACAGCUGUAUUCUCAGUAACGUGAAAAUCUGCAAGACACAGGUUGCUUUUAAAUCACUAAAAUAGUAGUGGCAGCACUGUUUGGCUUAGUUAUCAAUGCCGUUAGCAUUGUGGCUAACACUAUUGUUACUUA